CGCGCGAAACGGCGAAGCAGGCGCCCCACAGGCCCGCUGUUGAUUGGCCCGAAGUGGCACCCCGCCCAGAUGGACAGGGUUCCUUCCGGUAGUUUAGUCCAGGCGGUUGCAGGCAACCAACCAGGCCCGGACCUGACGUACCUCCAUCCGCCGCAAUCGAGUCCCCGGCUGAUAAGGAAGCCAACAUCAUCAAUCAAGCCGGACGCUUUUGCACCAGUCGCUCGCGUCCGCAACGCUCGCUCUCGCUACUGCAUUUUGCGCCGAACCGUUCGUUGCGAUAUACUUUCCGACACCGACGCCGCCUACGCCGACUCCGACGCACUGGUCCCCGCCACCGCCGCCAUGUCAUUCGACCAGCUCUCGUCGCUCGAGGCGGGGCGUCGCCGCGGCACGCCCAGCUACUCCGACGAUCCCGAGUUCCAGCGUCUCUCGCAGGACCUGAUGAACAAGCUGUUCCGGCUCAACGGCAAUAACCAGCGGCUGAACGGCGAGGUCGGGCACCUGGGCACGCGGCGGGACACGCCGCGGGUGCGGGAGCGGGUGCACGAGCUGAUCGAGGAGUCGCGCGAGAUGUUCAAGGAGGUGGGCGAGGGCGUCAAGAAGAUUCAGACCUGGGAGGAUGUGACAGGAGCGCAAAAAUACAUGCAGCAAAAGCUCUCGCGCGAGUUCCAGGCCGCGCUCUCGGAAUUCCAAACCCUCCAACGCCAAGCGCUCGAGAAAGAGAAAGCCUCCGUCUCCGCCGCCCGCGCAGCCGUCGAGAGCGAAUCCGGCACCACCGCCGCCGCCGCGGCCGGCGGGCCCGCCAGCGCCCAGCAGCUGCAGCAGCAGCAGGAGCUCGCGCGGCUGGUGCCGCAGGACGAGGUCGACUUCCAGGAGGCGCUGAUCAUCGAGCGCGAGGAGGAGAUCCGCAACAUCGAGCAGGGCGUGGGCGACCUCAACGUGCUGUUCCAGCAGGUCGCGCAGAUCGUGACCGAGCAGGGCGAGAUGCUCGACACCAUCGAGCGCCAGGUCGAGGUCGUGCGCGACGACACGCGCGGCGCCGACCACGAGCUGCGCCGCGCCGCCGUCUACCAGAAGAACGCCCGCAGCAAGGCCUGCUGCCUGCUGCUGGUGCUGGUGGUGAUCCUGACCAUCGUGCUGUUGGCCGUGUUUUUGGGGUGAUGGCAGCGGGUUGUUUGAGGGUUGGGUUGUCCCGAUAAUGGGACGGCGGGCGGACGGCGUGGUGCAAUUGGUAUCAUUUUGCUGUU